AUGGCUUUUUUCUUAGCUAUGUUUCGUCGAAAUUUUACAAACAUUUUUCUGCGAUUAUUUUUUGGCUUAGUUUUUAUUUACGUGUAUUGUGAAUACCUAAUUUAUUACGUUACACAAAUUCAGUGUGGCUGGUCAUCCUUAAGUCAUGAGCCUACUGAAGGAGUUGAACCUGUGUAUGCAUUAGUUAUUGCUGACACUCAUCUGCUUGGAUCUAGAGAAGGCCACUGGAUUGAUAAGUGGCGAAGAGAGUGGCAAAUGCACAGAGCCUUCCAAACUGCUAUAACUUUACAUAAGCCUGAUGUUGUUUUUGUUCUUGGUGAUUUAUUUGACGAAGGCAAGUGGUGUUCUGAAAAGGAAUUCAAUCAUUAUGUACAGCGAUACCAUGAAAUGUUUCAUGUACCUGAAGACAUAUUAAUGUAUAACGUUGUUGGCAAUCAUGAUAUUGGAUUCCAUUAUAGGAUCACACCUCAUCUGGCAAAAAGGUUUGAGAGUAAGCUGAAGUCACCUCCAGUGCAAUUGGUCAGCAUUAAGGGGAACCACUUUAUACUGAUUAACUCCAUGGCGUUGGAAGGCGAUGGGUGUUCACUAUGCUCUCGUGCUGUUGCAGAAAUAGAUAGAAUUUCCAACAUACUAAAAUGUAGCAGUGGAUCUAGUUUAUGUAAAGGAAAUACGAAACUGCAAAAAUACAGCAGGCCGAUAAUAAUGCAGCAUUACCCUUUAUACCGAGAGUCAGACAGUAUGUGUACGGAACCUGACGCUGCUCCUCUUCCUGAGAGAAAUAACAUAUUUGAGGAGCGCUGGGAUUGUUUGUCAAAGGAAUCAACAGAAUACUUAGUAGAAAGUCUUCACCCACGAGCGGCGUUUGGCGGACACACACAUCACAGCUGCGUCGUACGUCAUAGUUUUGUGCCCACUUCAGAUCACAAAAUAGAAUUUGUGGAGUACACUGUGCCUUCGUUUUCAUGGAGAAAUAGACUGGACCCUAAAUAUUAUUUGUUAACAAUUACACCCGAGGAAGUGAAGGUAUCAAAAUGUGCGAUGCCCACGGAGAGAACCAUGAAACUCACGGCAAUACUAAUGACGCUGGGUUUACUGGUCUACUUGAGAUACUACGGUUCCAGUUUGAAUACCUCUAGUCAAAGCUAUAAGUUUUUGUCAGGAAAGAAAGUAUGA